GGAAGUCGCCAGGGCUACAAAGCUCCGCGCCGGACAACCAAUCAGCGGCCGUGACCUCACGCUCACCCUGCGAGUCACGUGCCAGCCAAGAUGGCUGCCUGCAGGUUAAGUGGACGGGCCUUGCAGUGAGCCGCUGUGGGGAGAGGUUCAAGAUGGAAAACCAUAAACCGGAUAAUACUGCCAAGGAAAACUUGAUUUUUAAUAUUAUAAACAGAAAAAUUAACCAACUUCCAGAAGCAGAAAGGAACCUACUUGAGUAUGGAUCCACAUUUAUUGGAAUUAAUGCUGCUCUCAGUGGCCUAAUAGCAAACAGUCUCUUUCGACGCAUCUUAAAUGUGACCAAAGGACGUAUGGUUUCUAGCAUACCUAUGGCAGUGGUCCCAUUUUUAACAGCAGAUGUGUCUUACAAAGGUUUUAUAAGUUUACCUUUAAGUACAGGUGAUUUGAAUUGUGAAACCUGUACCGUAAUUCGUGGAGGGCUAAUUGGUUUUAUAUUGGGUGGUCUAUACCCUGUUUUCUUGGCUAUACCUCUGAAUGGUGGGCUAGCAGCCAGGUAUAGCUCAGUUCUGUUACCUGAAAAAACAAAUAUCCUAGCUUACUGGAUUGGGAUUUCCAAGCCUGUCUUUAGAAAGAUGCUGUUUCCCAUGUUGCUCCAAACUAUGUUUACAGCCUAUCUUGGAUCUAGACAAUAUAAACUACUUAUAAAGGCUCUUCAGUUACCUGAACCUGGCCAAGAAAUUCAGUGAUUGUUCAGUAAGACUGCACCCAAAUAAAAUUAUAA